CUUCAAUACCUUCCUCUGUCUCACCCUCUCUCUCUUUCUCACUCUCUCUUCCCUUAGGUGACCCUUCGUUCACUUUCUACCUCUUUCUCUCAUAUAGAUUUUGUUCAUUUUUAUUUCAAGGCAACGAAGAGACUGUUGAUUUGGAAACUUGAUAUCAAUAAUCCAAUCAUCAGUCUCUUCAAAUACUUAAAAAGAAGAAAUACAAGCAACUUACAUGGUAUGGAUACUUUGAACACUGAAUUGAAACAAACAUCUUUGGCAACAGAAUUCGAGCAUGAGAGCACCCCCAUUAGUGGUUUGAGGAUACAUUUUGACUCUGAGGUGAAUGGUGUUGAUCUUUCCACCUCAGAAAAAAAUUUAAGAUCCUCAUCCUCUAAGUCUUCAUCUUCUUCACCGGACUCCCCAUUUGAUAAUCCUUUCAAAGAUGAUGACCAUGAAACCAACAAAUACAACACAGAUACUAUCCCUUCUAAACCUGUUGAUGAUCCUCAUUUGGCUUCUAAUUAUGGUGAAACAAAUGUUUUGGGAAGUUCAAUACCCAAAGAUGAAAAAUGUAAUGUUGAAUCGCUGAUCGCCAUAUCACCACCAACAGUUGCUAGUGAUUCUCAUCAGUUAAACUUACAUAACACAUCAACAACAGAGUCCCCUCCUAUCCAGGCAAUGGAUAGUUCUGGAAACCCAACAUGCAGGAUUCCUGAUCGUGUAUUUUCUAGAACCAAGUCUGUAGCCCCAGUGGAAUGGAGUGUGGCGUCUAAUGAGUCAUUGUUCAGCAUUCAAAUGGGGAACAUGAGUUUUAGCAAAGACAAUAUGUUUUGGCGAUCUGAAGAAUUUCCUGGAGAACAUACCACAUCUUCUCAAUUUGUCAAUUUAUCACCAAACCAUACCCCAAUCAAUAAAAGAAUUGAUUCAAGUAAGUCAAGCAAGAGCAAUGUGGCUGAAGCAGUAGUUGAGACUAUGAAUGAAGUCACAAGGGAAAGUGCAGAAGAUAAAAUUAAUGAGCAAUUACCUCUUGCUCCAUGCAUUUCUAACCGCUCUGAUAUUAGUGGCACUAGUGUCAAAUCCUUUGCAUUUCCCAUAUUGACAGGAGAUGGAAAUGGUGAUUCAACCAAGAUAAGUAGUUCACCGAGGGUAGGCCCAGAGCCUUUACAACAAGAAGUGCAAACACAGACACUACCAGAGCCAAAGUCAGAGUCGCAACCAAAGCCAAAGGAUCUUUCUCAACCAUCUACCCCUUGGACCAAGUGGCUUUCUUGUUUCACAUGUUGCUCAUUCUGUUCUUGACAUAGUGGCAGACCCAAACCUCCUUACUUUGACAGAAAGAUGCUCGUAGGACUUUGACUAAUCCAUUCUGGUUGAUCCAUUAAAUGGUUAAGAAAUUCAAAAAAAAAAAAGGUAAAAAUUAAAGGAAGAAUUGUUUGAAUCUGGCUGUUUUUCUCUAAUCAACCAGUUGACAUAACAUGCUUUCUUCCCACAUCUUGGAUUCAGGAAUAUAGUUUUUCUAGCAAGCAAAACAGAAACCGAUACAAUUUGUCUCAUAGAAUGCUAGUAGGUAGGACCAGUUUGAUUUUGAAAUUGAGAGAAGAAACAAGAAUAUCUAGUGGAAGUAAGGAUUCUUUUCCAGAUAUAGGAUCUUUGAGUUUAGUUUUGUUCGAUUCUAACACACACGCCCAUGUCUAGUUAUGGUUGCUGAUAAUAUGGCAUUGUUGCCUUGCAUUUAUUUUACAUGGUAGCUUUUGUAAAGAUCUUAAGUUGUCAUUAUCUAGUUUUUUCUCUAAUGUAUAUUGCUUAUGUAAAGUAUAAUAAGUUCAAUAUAAAUCAAGAGUUGUUGAACAAUGUGAUUUGUUAUCAAAUGUAACUUGUGCAUUACUUGCGGUUUUUGGUAC